CUCGACACGGACCUGAAGAAAUGAGGAAACGGGUUUUCAGUCUGGAUGUGCUGCAGUUUUCUGUCUUCUUACUGCAGGUUCACUUUUACUGGGGUCAGAACACACUGGUCGUUCCCUCUCAGCCAAUCAUAGCGCCCGUUGGCAGUGAUGUCACUCUGCCCUGUCAGUUGGACCCUGUUAAAGACCUCAGGGACAUGGUGGUGGAGUGGUCACGGCACGACCUGACGCCGCGCUACAUCCACAUCCGUCGGGACGGUCUGGACUUCCUCAUAGACCAGAACUCCCUGUACCUGGGCCGCACCUCUGUGUCCGAGAGCCGACUGCAGCAGGGGGACAUGUCCCUGAGUCUGACCAGAGUCAGAGUCAGUGACGGGGGCAAGUACAGCUGCUACAUCCCCCUGAUAAACAUCAAAGCAGAGGUCACUCUGAUGGUCGUGUCCGUGGCCCCUCCCUCGAUGAGCCUGAUCAAAGAGCGCUCGGGGUCUCCCGUGCUGAGGUGUGAGUCCAGGGGCUGGUACCCGGAGCCGGAGCUGGAGUGGCUGGACUCAGAGGGGACGGUUCUGCUCAGGACCGAGGCUCAGAGAGGAGCGAGCGAGGAGCUGUUCAGUGUGAGCAGCAGACUGAGUGUGGAGCAGAGGCUCGGCAACACGUUCACCUGCAGAGUGAGACAACAGGAGAGCGGCCAGAGCAGAGAGGCCCAGCUCAGCAUCACAGAUCAUUUACUGGAGCCUUGUCCCUCCUGCUCUUUGUCCUGGAUCCUCUUCUCUUUGAGUUUGAUUCUGUUUCUUGCAGCAGUUGCUGUUUUGGUCGUGUGGAAGUGUAAAACUAAAAGAAAGAAAUCUGACAGUAAAAGGAUUGAACUUGGAGAAAAAGAAGAAAGAGAGAGUAUGAUGAGGAAAGGAGAGAUUUUAAAUCUACUGAAGCAGAAGACUGAGACUGAGCUGCGUUAUGUCAACGAUGUGAUCAACAGACUGACUGUGGAAAAAAAUGUAUUGAUGAAACUCAAAGAGAAUUCUCAGGGAGCGAUUCAUAAUCAGAAGAUUGUAAUAGAUGCAGAGGCAAAGCGGGAGGUUCCUAUAGUGAGUUUGAACAGGGAUAAAUUAAAAGAACAACAGAAACAGAACAUUGAAACUCUGGAGAAAGAAAAGGAGGUGUUUGAGAAAACAGUUGAACUACUUGAUAAUCAAAUAAAGACAUUAGAGGAGGGGAUUUCAGUGUCAUUACAGAGAAAAGGACAGUUAGAGGCAGAACUUCAGCAGAUGGAAAAACAGAAGAAGCAUCAGGAAACAAAGACACAGCAGGAGACAAGAGAAGAAGAAGAAAAAGUGAAUGUUCAGGUGAAUGUUCAGGUGAACGCUCAUGAUCAGCCUCAAAAGUCUCAGGUUUAGAACAAACAGAGAAAUACAGAUCAGGACGUAGAUGAGAUAUGUGGUGGGAUGAAUAUUAUGGGACUAAAUGAUAAAUGAUAAUAAUUAAUUUUCUUGAUUUGCAAAAGGUCCAUAUGACACUAUUUUCUGAUCUGUUCUAAUGUCGUUUCCUCAUCACAAACAGACCUGGAGUUGUGUUUUGUUUCAUUCACACAUGUUUAACACACAAACCCUGCAGAAAACGCUCUGUUCCACCUUGUGAUGUCAUCAUGUGGUAAUACAGGAAGUGCUCCACUGUGUUUUUAAACUCCACACACCUUCACUAGAAUCAUUUGGAUCAUUUCAGCUCUGGAAUUUCCAAUCUCAACUAAACAAAAGGUAAAAGGAGCUGUUAACUAUUGCUUCAUGACAUCACAAGGUGGAACAGAGCGUUUUGAGCUUUGUAGAUGUUACAGACUAAUAAUA